CGCUAUGUCACACUUUUUUGUAAGAGUUCUAUGCUUAGAAAUUCUGAGAUAGUUAUAUAUUUUAUAAAAUUUUUGGUAUGGAGUGUUUGAUUUUGUGUAAAAAGUAGGAAAUAUGAGUAAUUCUAGUGGCUCGACUGCUGGCGAUAUGUUGUAUGGUACAACUUUGUCAGCAGAAUCGAUGAAAGUGAUUGCAGAGAGCAUUGGUGUUGGAUCACUUCCUGACGAUGCGGCUAAGGAAUUAGCUGAAGAUGUUUCAUUCAAAAUUAAACGUAUUGUGCAGGAUGCUGCAAAAUUUAUGCAUCAUUCUAAACGAGACAGAUUGGUAUUAAGCGAUAUUGACCACGCUUUAAAAGUGCGCAAUGUUGAGCCACAAUAUGGCUUUACUGCAAAUGAUUUUGUACCGUUUCGUUUUGCUUCGGGCGGUGGGCGAGAAUUGCAUUUUAUUGAAGAGAAAGAAAUGGAUCUAACAGAAAUUGUACAAUGUAAUGUUCCGAAAGUACCCCUAGACAUUACCUUGCGUACUCAUUGGUUGGCAGUGGACGGUAUACAACCAACUAUACCCGAGAAUCCACCUCCACUAUCAAAAGAUUUGCAGGCAUUGGACUCUGUCAAUCCCGUUGUAAAGCUUGAUCAAGGCAUCACAAAAGAUACAGCUGGUAAGCCAGCCACGGGUAAAAUUCAUAAAUUGCGUAAUGUGGAAACAGUGCAUGUCAAACAAUUAGCAACGCAUGAAUUGUCAGUUGAGCAACAAUUGUAUUACAAAGAAAUCACUGAAGCUUGUGUCGGUUCAGAUGAGCCGCGUCGAGGAGAAGCUUUGCAAUCGUUAGCCUCCGAUCCCGGUUUACAUGAAAUGUUACCGCGGAUGUGUACUUUUAUAGCUGAAGGUGUCAAAGUUAAUGUGGUGCAAAACAAUUUAGCUUUGUUGAUUUACCUUAUGCGUAUGGUGAAAGCCCUACUAGACAAUCCUUCUCUUUAUUUAGAGAAAUAUUUGCAUGAACUCAUUCCUUCGGUUACCACUUGCAUAGUUUCUAAGCAGCUGUGUAUGCGUCCAGAAUUAGAUAAUCAUUGGGCGUUGCGCGAUUUUGCUUCCCGUUUAAUGGCACAAAUUUGCAAGACCUUUAAUACGUCCACCAACAAUUUACAAACUCGAGUUACACGUAUUUUCAGCAAAGCUUUACAAAAUGACAAAACGCAUUUGUCGUCUUUGUACGGCUCGAUUGCUGGUCUUUCCGAGUUAGGUGGGGAAGUUAUUAAAGUGUUUAUCGUGCCCCGUUUAAAGUUCAUUUCGGAACGAAUUGAAGGACAUUUAUUGGGCACUUUACAAAGUAACACUGAUAAAACAGCGGCCGGUCAUAUAAGAGCGAUGUUGCAAAAAGUGUGCCCGCCCAUUCUAAAGCAGAUACGUUCACCCUCUGACUAUGCGGAAGAAUAUAAAAACGAUUUUGGCUUUUUGGGCCCUUCAUUAUGUCAGGCGGUUAUAAAGGCUCGAAAUAAUCCCUCUUCCGCAGUAGUGACACCGUCUUCGUCGAGUAUUUCAAGUGGUCCCAUAACUUCAGCAGCCCAAACGGCUACAACUAUUGGCAGGCCUCAAGUUACACAAAUCAUUCCGCAGCGACAAGCAAGCCCCGUGGUAAGUAAUUUGCCUCAAAUCAGGACACUACAACAGCCUUUACCCCCACAACAAAAUCAACCACCACAGAAGUUCGUAAUUGUACCACAAACUCAACAGCAAAUAAUUCAAUCGCCACAACAGCAACAACAACAACAGCAAUCGCAAACUAUACAAGGUAAUCAGCAACAGCAGCCAACAGCAACAUAUCAACGCCCCCCAACACCGCAAUCGUCCCUUUCGACAAACAGUGCAUCCGCAGUGAACGGUAAUAGCUCGAAUUCAGGUAAUAACCUUGUUAACAGUGUGAGCAAUAACGUGGUUAUAGGCGCAGCUGGGGCAAUCGAUGGUAACGAUGUUAGCAAUAGUUUAUUAAAUCGCAGUGAAAGAACAUCCGUUGAUGCCAGCGCGAUUAUAAUUGAGACCGAGGAAGUUCGACCACCACCCGAAUUAGAUGAUCUUUCACAUUUGGACGAUGUUCCCUUAUCAUCCGACACGGAUGAUGACGAUAUGAGAGAAAGUUCAUCCCAAGACAAUGCACGAACACAUGAUGGUCUUAAAACACGCAUUAUGAAAUUCAAAAGUGAUUCAUCGAAUAUGGUGGUGGUCUGCGAAUUCGUCGACGAUGUCCUCCAGAAGGCCGAAGAGGAGGCGGCCAGUCGUCAACAGAUUGCUAAAAAUUGUAAAAAUUCGCAACAGAAUAAAUCAAAAUCACAAAAACCAAAUUUCAAUGGUAAAAUGGGUAAUUUGGCGCGUGUUUUUGUGGUACGCGUGUUUGAUGCGAUAUGUAACUGUGCCAAUAAUGCUGCAGCCGCACCAAUGCCAAAGUUUAAAUUUCGAAGUGGUAAACGAGCAUCAACCAGUGGCACUUCGAAUAAUGACAAGGCCGACAUUGUUGGCGGCAAAUCGGAAAAAUUGAGCAAAUCGAAGAAAACUGAUUUGGAUAAAGAUAAAAAAUCGGAAAAAGUCAAAUCUAAAGCGGGCAACGAUAAAGAUUUCAACGUUCAAGAAACUCUUGAGAUAACCGAGAAUAAUUAAGCUUAUGUGCGGCAUAAAGUAUGCACAAAUUUUUACAAGAUAAAGAAGAUGAAGAAGAAGAAGAAACUUUAAUCGAUAAGUAGUUUAAAGUAGAAAUUAAUGUCUUUGAGGUAAGCAUUUAUAAUAUAAUAUAUAUAUCUGUAACGCUGUAACAUCUUGUUAUACUAUAUGAUGUAUUUACACUUUAUAAGAAUAGGGAACGGUUUCAUUUCAACUAUCGCUUAAUAAUCGAAGAAAACACAUUGUGUCCAGUUGACAGUCCGGCCUUCUUGGAUAUUCUUAAGGGUGUCAGGGUGUAAUACCAUUGUUGAUUUUUCUAAAAAAAAAAAAAAAAUUUCAGACUUUUUCGUGAAAUUCUUCGAACAAAGUCCCUUCAUAAAGUGAAUCUGUGCUGGAAAUUUUGUAGCCCCUUGUCUUAACUCUAGAUUUCUAAUUUCCCUAACCAUGCCUUUGCUAACAGAUGCCUUUCGAAAGCAAUUCUGUGCAUUUAAAAGCAUUUGCAGCUUCCUUGAGACGACCGCUGAACAGGCUGACAAGGCCGAGGGCAAUUCGAAACCUUUGAUCGCUUCUACGAAUAAAUUAAAUUUUGGUGAUGAUACUUUCCAAUAGAAUUUUCUUUCCAUUUCCUUUGUCAAUUCGCAACAUAAAAACGUAACCCAUGCCUGUCCUGCAUGCUGGAAUAGCGGCAUAAGAAAGACAAUUUAAAGACGGAAGACGAACGUUUUGCGAACUAAUUGGAAAAAAAAAAACGUAAUUUAUUAUUACCUGUCUGCAAACAUAUUUCGAAACAAGCGUUUUUCAAAACAUCCCACGAAAAACUCUUGCAUUUUUCUUUCGAGUUUUGUGCACUAUCUUUAAUGGUAACCUUUUCUAUCCUAGGAGAUAAGUUAAUUUAAAUAUUUUUUUUUCUUUUUCUUUUUUUUUUUGAUGGUAAAACUGCUUACGGGGGAAUAAGAGGAUCAGGUUAAUACAAUUAAAGAGAUUUCGAAUUUCAUAUUUCAUUGCAAUCCUUCACGCACGUAUAGGCGCGUUCGCAAAGGGGUUACAGGCUACUUCUAACGGUCAUAUAUAUAUAUAAGCGAUAUUAAUUCAGUGUAGCUAUUAAAAAUUUUAAUGAACGUUAUGUUAAGACAAACA